GCUCGCUUUGUCCCUGAAUCCUCUGCCGUUGCCUUGAAUUUGAUGCAUUAGUGCAACAGCAACAUGUGGGUUAAACCUCAAGAGGUGCUGAUUGCCAAUGCCCUGUGGGUGGUUGAGCGAUCCAACCAAUACUUUGUCCUUCAGAAGAGGAAAGGCCAUGGAACCAGGGGGCUCUCAUCGCUUUUGGUGGGAACAAUGGACUCAGUGUUUGACACAAGGCCUCCACCAUAUAGGAUCCUACACCAGACACCAUCAUCAGAAGUCAGCUAUUUGGUGUCCGUGUCGGUGACGUCAUCCGAGAUAUUCGCCGACUGGGCGUGGCUGGAGUCGACCCUGCUGCCGAUCGUGCCCGCCUUCGACUCGGACGAUGACGUUAUGGAGUUCGUCAAGUGCAAGAUCGAGAGUCUGGUGGCCCAGCGCUCUGUGCCGGUCGAAGACUCGGAGUCGGACUCGUUCAAGUCGACGACCGAGAAGUUCCGGCGCCUGUUCAACGCGCCGGCCGAGGAGAAGCUGGUCAACCAUUACUCGUGCAGCUACUGGAAGGGCGUGCCGCGCCAGGGCUGGAUGUACCUGAGCAUCUCGCACCUCUCCUUCUACUCGUUCAUCCUGGGCCGCGAGGUUAAGGUGCGGCUCCGCUGGACGGACAUUGUCAGCCUGGACAAGUCCAACUCGCUCAUCUUCCCCGACAGCAUCAAGAUCUCGACGCGACAGAAGAGCUACUUUUUCUCCAUGUUCCUGCGUAAGCGGGAGACGUACGACCUAAUCGAGCAGCUGGCCAACAUCGCCAUGCGCCAGCUGAUGCGCGAGGAGGGCUUCAGCGAGGACCCCGAGCUGCUCAACAAGAUCAGCCGCAACGUGUCGCGGAAGACGCCCGGACUGAAGCGCGACCUGGACGCGCGCGCGCACAGCGAGGCGUAUCGCAGCAACUUCCGGCUGCCCUGCGCCGAGAAGCUGGACGGUCGCGCCGACUGCACGCUCUGGACGCCGUACAACAAGCAGCACGUCUGGGGCACGCUCUACAUCAGCAUGAACUUCGUCUGCUUCGAGAGCCGGGUGAAGGGCCUGGUGUCGCUGAUCGUGCCCCUGCGCGACGUCUCGCUGGUGGAGCGGGCCGACUCGCCGGGCUGCACGCAGGACCUGUCGUCGGCCAUCUGCGUCUCGAUGAAGCACCGCCAGAGCUUCCUGUUCGCCCAGGUGGCCGACCGCGACUUCGUGCUCGAGCGGAUCGCCGAGUUCCUGGCCCGGCUCACCACCUGCGCGGCGGCACCGAGCGCUGAUCGAGUCAGCAUCCAGAGCGUGUCGUCCAACAGUUCGGGUUACAUUGUUGUCGACUCGGAUCAGCAGGGCAAGUCACAAGGGGGCGCCCAGGAGCCGUGGGAGCUGCAGCCGCCGCUGAUGUACCAGUUCCCCAGCCCCGCCUCGCCGGAGACCACCGGCCGGCAGCUGAAGAAGGAGGAGCAGUGGGAGCACCUCUUCGACGAGUACGGCCACGGCAUGACCAUGUACCGCACCUCGGCCACCAGUCAGCUGGUGCUCAAGGGCAUCCCCUCGACGCUGCGGGCCGAGCUCUGGAUGCUCUUCUCAGGCGCCUGCCACGAGAUGGCGACACACCCGGGCUACUACGUGCAGCUGGCGCAGCGGGCGCGCUCGGUGCGGUGCCCGGCGGCGGACGAGAUCGAGCGCGACCUGCACCGCUCGCUGCCCGAGCACCAGGCCUUCCAGUCGCCCACCGGCAUCAACGCCCUGCGUCGCGUGCUCACCGCCUACGCUCUGCGCAACCCCAACAUCGGCUACUGCCAGGCCAUGAACAUCGUGGCGUCGGUGCUGCUGCUGUACUGCUCCGAGGAGCAGGCCUUCUGGCUGAUGGUGGCCAUCUGUGAGCGGCUGCUGCCAGACUACUACAACACGAAGGUGGUGGGAGCGCUGGUGGACCAGGGUGUACUGGAGGACCUGAUCUCGGUGGAGUUGCCCGACCUCUACACCAAGCUGGAGCAGCUGGGCGUGGUGGGCAUGAUCUCCCUCUCCUGGUUCCUCACCAUCUUCCUCAGCGUGAUGCCGUUUGAGUCGGCGGUGAACGUGAUGGACUGCUUCCUGUUCGACGGUGCUCGCACCAACUUCAUGGUGGCGCUGGCCGUGCUGGAUGCCAACCGGGCCGCCCUGGAGGACUGUCGCGACGACGGCCGAGGUCGGUGUUCUACACACUACUACAAGCCCGACACCAAACACCUGGACGCAGAGCUGGGCACCGACUGUUUAACGCUGCUUGAUGGCCAGAACACCAGCAUCGACGUCUCGCUGCUGAUAUACGAGGCGUACACCAACUUCGGGAAGCUGACCAACUCGGCCAUCGAGCGUCUGCGGCUCAAGCACCGGCUCAAGGUGAUCCAGACGAUCGAGGACUCGACGAUGAACAGCAUGAUCCGCUGUGUGGAGGCUGAGCAGUUCUUCACGGCGGCAGAGCUGAAGGACCUGUUCCUCUACAUCAAGGAGGAGUACCUGACGCUGCAGUCGUACGGACGCGGCGCGCUGCCCGACCCGGCCGAGAAGCAGGACCCGUCCGUGCACAACUACCAGCUGUACAAGGUGGACUACCCCCUCUUCCACACCCUCUUCCACAAGUUGUGUAACUGGAGCGCCGGCUCCAUGGCGGACAGCAUCGCCUCUCGCGCCUUCAAGCUGAUGGACACCAGUGGGGACGGUCUGUUGGACCUGCGCCAGCUGGCCUGGCUGCUCGGCCUGAUGACCCGCAGUGACCUGCCGCGACGCCUCCGGCUCUUCUACUGCCUCCACCUGCCGCCGCUACUCGACCAGCACGAGAUGGACUCGCCCAUCUCGGACAACACCGAGGUGGCGUCGGAGGCGUGCGAGUACUUCGAGGCGUUGUCUGACGCCGAGCCGCCGCCCAUCAGUCUGGCCGAGAUGCGCGAGCUGGUGCUGGGCGAUGGGCACCGCUCGCGCACCGUCAGCGGCACCAGCUUCACCUCAGGCGCCAGCGGCACCGGCGAGGAGUCGUCGCAGGUGCCGAUGAUGAACCAGAAGCAGUUCAUCUACAUGUGGCGCGCGCUGUACGACAUGUUCAGCGAGGAGCAGACGCGGCCGGAGAUUUUCCACUCGAUCGCGCACGUCGGGACGCUGCUGCUGCAGAUCGGGGAGGUGGGCAAACGGUUUCAGAAGGAGCGCACGGCCUCGGCGUCGGCCGUGCUGCAGGGCUCGGAGGCGCUGUCCGAGGUGACGCCGGAGCCGGCGGCCGACGAGGCGCCGUCCGCCGCCGGCCGCCUCCCGGAUGCCGACUGGGCCGUCUCGUUCGAGCAGUUCGUCGCGUCCGUGCUGACCGAGCCGCCGCUGGUGGCGUUCUUCGAGGCGCGCGCCGACGUGGUGGCGGCGGUGAGCCAGCUGCGCAACGUGCGCCUGACACGCCAGACCUCGCUGAGCUUCAGCACGUCGCCGGCCGAGGUGAACGCGCUCGUGUGAGUCGCCGUGCGCACACUGCGGCCGCUGGAGACGUGCGCUCGCUCGCCUGAGCCCCGCGCGGCCGGCCAGACGUGGAGGCGGCUGCUUCGCGGACGGAGGGAGGCGCCGACGGUACUCAUGCAGGCGGCUGGCCGGAGCUGAGCAGCCGCUGCCGGCGAACUGGCCGGCGCCUCGGUG